GAAGUACAGGGGAGAGUGUAUAAUAUUAGAAGAAGAGGGAGGAAGGAAUGAGAGAAAUAGGAGAGACAGAGAUUAAGCUAGGGAGUCUGACAUAUACUGAGAAAACGCUCUAAUGUGUCACAUGUAAGUCUGCUGCCGUGUUGCUGAAGAGAGGCUCUAUUUUUAGGGGAGGAAUGUACACAGAGGCCUCGUGGAAAGAGACCAUAACAAACAAACAGUACGCAGCACGCUCCUACAAAGAGACAGCCCCCUUUAGAACAUACAGUCACACAGCAUCAACACGAGAGCAAAGAGGAAGAAAGUACAGGAAAAUGUCAAGACAUCAGAUUUUCUGCUGAGGUCUUGCUUCAAGAACAGAGAAACACCUAUAAAGAGACAGCAGAGGAACAGCAUGGACCAACCAGCAGUCAUGAUCUUCCACUACAAAGACAGGGAGCAAUCCUCCAACCUGCUGCUGCAGCUCAACAGACUGAGACACGAGAAAGUGCUGACCGAUGUGUUACUGUGUUCUGAUAACACAGAAAUCCCAUGCCACCGUAACGUCCUGGUUUCCAGCAGCCCCUACUUCAGAGCCAUGUUCUGCAACAACUUCAUUGAGACACAGCAGACCAAGAUUAACUUGAAGGGUGUCACAUCAGCAACUCUGAGCAGAAUUAUUGAUUAUGUUUACACAGGACUGAUUAGUAUCACCAUGGAUAUUGUGCUGCCUCUCAUGCAGGCAGCUUCCAUGUUGCAAUAUGGCCGCCUUUUUGAGGCCUGCUCAAGCUUCCUUCAGGGGCAACUGAGCCCUGACAACUGUUUGAGCAUGAUGAGACUCUCUGAGAUCAUGCACUGUAUCAGUUUGAGAGACAAAGCAAAGGAAAUGGCCAUGAGGAGCUUCUCCGAUGUGUCAGCAUCUGAGGAUCUGUGUGAGCUCUCCCUGCCGGAACUCAUGGGAUACCUGGAGGAUGACGGCCUUUGUGCUGAGGAGGAGCAGGUCUUUGAGAGUCUUGUUGCUUGGAUUCACCAUGAUCCUUUAUCCAGACGUGGUGCCAUCAGUGACCUUUUCAAGAAAGUUCGCCUUCGCUACAUCCAUCCCACCUACCUCUUCCAAUUCAUAGCCAACGACCCUCUGAUUCAGUCCUCCACCCUCUGCACCGAACUCAUAGAAUCUGUGAGACGCCUGAUGUUUUCUGUCAGCACAAAAUGCAAUGAUGACAUGGCAGUUGACUUAAAACCUCUCUGGGUUGCACCGAGGCGCUACUCCUGCCACGACAUGUUGGUGGUGAUAGGAGGCAGGAAGAACAAUGAGCAGACCUCAAGGGAGGCCCUCGUCUUUGACGAGAAGAGUGAGAAGUGGCAGCGGCUCGCCAAGCUGCCCAUUCGUCUGUACAAAGCCUCAUACGUCACCCUUCACAGUGUGCUGUACGUUAUUGGAGGCCUGACUACAAACACAAAGCACAGCCAAGUCAGCACAACCGUCUACACGCUCUCCCUCAAGACCAACCAGUGGCGGACGGCAGAGCCCAUGCUGGAGCCACGCUUUGCCCACCAAAGUAUCUCCUACCUCCACUUCAUCUUUGUCCUGGGUGGCAUUGGCCCUGACAGACGACUGACAGGCAGUGUGGAGAGGUACAACAGUAUGUUCAACCAAUGGGAGUCAAUGUCGCCCAUGCCUGAGGCUGUGCUGCACCCUGCAGUGGCUGCUACUAACCAGAGGAUCUAUGUGUUUGGAGGAGAGGAUGCCAAGCAGAACCCAGUUAGAAUAAUACAGGUGUAUCAUAUUGCCAGGAACCUGUGGUCGAAGAUGGAGAACAGAACAGUGAAGAAUGUGUCUGCUCCUGCUGCCACUGUGGAUGACAAAAUCUACAUAAUUGGAGGAUACACCAGGAGAAUGAUUGCAUACGACACCAAGGCCAACCGGUUUAUCAAGUGUGCCAACCUGAAGGAGCGGAGGAUGCACCACUCCGCCACUGUUCUCAACAAUAAAGUCUAUGUCACUGGUGGACGUCACAUCAACGGCCAUGAUAUCAUCGAGGACACGGACAAUUUUGAAUGCUAUGAUCCAAAGACAGACACUUGGACAUCUAAGGGGACUCUGCCGUAUAAACUGUUUGACCAUGGCUCGCUGACACUGACUCAUGUCUCACAGACGUGGGCAAAAUCAUAGCUGAGGUCGGAUUUCAUUUUGUAGCAGAUCUGCACUAUUCCUAAUUGAGUGUUGGACUUGUUUAAAAGUCUUUCACACAUUAAGCAUACCUCAAGUAAUUAAAAAAUAUAUAUACUUCACAUAUAUAUGUUUUUUUAAAUGCCUGAGUCAUUUUUUUUUACCUUGAAAUGUACAUUUCUAUGUCCAAUGUCUUUUCUAUGCUUUUAACAGCCAAAUUGAUAACAAGCUGUCCUGAGGCACAGCCCCUUCUCAACCUGUCUGACUCCACAAAAGGGUGAAAGUGCUAUUUUCAGCCUGCACUAAAUCAUAAGAUUUCACUUGUCAUGUGUAAAUCCUGGGGCUGUGUACUGUUUGGUGCAAGUCAAAGCUGUGCUCAGCUGUUAGGUCUGAACCUGCCGCUGUGUCUGGUGAACUGCUAGAUCAUUGUCUGUUACUGAAAUGUAAAAUUAUGAUUAAAGUAUUGUGAUGAAAUUGUUACCAAAUAUUUCAUGCGGUGGUGAAAUCAAAGUACAAGCACAAGAAUUUGUUCAAAAUGUAGCUUUAGAAAAAACCUUUGAUAUUGUUUUUAGUUUUUGUAAUGUUUUUGUUUUUUACUGCUGUUUUUUUUUUACCAUUUCCUAGUAUGAUAUAAUGUACAACAUAUCAUACAUGGGUACUGUUUGCUGAAACAACUGACUUUGCUACAUGAUUCUGUUGCUAAAAGAAUAGCCUCAAGUUCUGUAUUUAGUAAGAUUAAAUUUUACCUUUUAAAUAAAGU